AUGCUAAGAACCCAAAUCAAUGGGUUUAGACAAAAGGACAACGAGUCUCUUUUCGAGGCAUGGGAAAGAUACAAGGAAAUGAUUAGAACGUGCCCACAUCAUGGACUCGAGGAAUGGUUAAUUAUCCACACCUUUUACAAUGGUCUCUUGUACAACACAAGAUUGACCAUAGACGCCGCAGUUGGUGGCGCACUUAUGGAUAAAGCUUAUAAUGAAGCUUAUCAGCUUAUCGAAAGCAUGGCUCAAAAUCACUAUCAAUGGGGAAGCGAGAGGACACCGAUAGAGAAACCUCAAAUGAAAGGUGGAAUGCAUGAAAUUAGCGGUCUAGAUCAUGUCAAUGCUAAAAUAGAUGCCCUAACUCAAAAGAUUGAGAGUCUGACCACCGCACCUAAGGCCAUCGUGGCCGCAACAACACAAAAUUGUGAGUUGUGCGAAACCCAAGGACAUACUAUUGCUGAGUGCCAACUUCUAACCGAAGCUCCCACCGAUCAAGUGAAUUACACUCAAGGAAACUCUUAUAACCAAAACCAGAGGAACUAUCUGUACCUCUCGUACAAAAGAAACAACGCUUUAUACGCACCUGGCCAAGCUUCUUCUGCACCACCAGGAUUCCAAAAUGCUGCCUAUUCUACUCCUAGGAAGUCUAACCUUGAACUUUUAUUGGAAAACUUCAUAACUACCCAAGCUCAAACCAACCUUCAAACUAGUGAGCAAAUUAAGCAAAUAACAAGCAAGCUAGAUGUCUUGACCACCCACAAUAGAAUGUUAAAAACACAAAUCGCUCAAGUAGCCCAACAACAAGCAUCUACCUCUGCUCUUGCGGGCACAUUUCCCGGAUAG